GCCGGAAGCUGCCAUGUGUGCGCGCGCGCUGCUGUCGGCGUGUUGACGCUGGGCUCCGGGAGCAGCAGUGAGUUUGAUGAAGCAGCGUGGAUGAUGAGGACGUCAGAGAACAAACCUGCAGCCAACUGAGGGCAAGUGAAGAAGGUCAAACACCUCAUGCGUGGGUGCCGCAGAGGUCCGAGCGGAUACCGGUCAGUCAAACAUGGGUGUGCUCCAGCUUCACAACCCCACUCACUCCAGCAUGCUUUUGCAGAGGGCCAAUCAGAUGCGUCUGACUGGCACGCUUUGUGAUGUCAUCAUCACUGUGGACGGCCAGGAGUUUCCUGCACACCGCACCGUGCUGGCCUGCACGAGCAAAAUGUUUGAGAUCCUGUUUCAUCGCAGCAGCCUGCGCUAUGCCCUGGACUUCUUGUCGCCCAAGACCUUCCAGCAGAUUCUGGAGUACGCCUACACCGCCUCCCUACAGGCCACAGCGGAGGAUCUGGACGACCUGCUGUACGCUGCAGAGAUCCUGGAGAUCGAGUAUCUGGAGGAGCAGUGCCUGAAGGUGCUCGAGACCAUCCAGGCUGAGGAGAGCGAAGCGGUGACCAUGAGGAACCACAGCUCUGGAGACCACAGUGACCACAGCCGGGCCAGACACUGGAGACACGUGUUGAUGUCCAAGAAGCAUUCCACACAGGACGGAGCCAACUGCACCACUCCGGCUGCACUGCACCACUUGGCUCUGUACCACAUGACGGACUGCAGUUCUCCUGCACCGCAGGCUGACGGGACUUUAGAAUCCAGCCCCAAGUUGAACACGGACAUGGCGGGUUCUCAGCAGCAUCAGCUCAGUGCAGCAUUGUCCCGGAUCUCAUCCCUGGACCCAGACAGAAGUAUAAAGACAGAGAUUAUGCAGGUGGACAGUAGUGCCAACAGCUGCAGCAACAGCUCCUCCAGCGCAUCAGACCAGCCCAGAGACGAGGGUCCGGGGACGCCCGUCAGGGGCAGCGUGAUUACCAGCGCUCGAGAGCUGCACACGGGUCAGGAGGACGGAGGACAGAACGCAGCCGACAGUUUCUCUGAGACCACAGAGAAACAUCUGGCCUCCAUUUACUCUGUGCCCUCCAACCACUCGGUGGAGGGGAUGCUGCCCUUGUCAGUCUCAGUGGCCCCAUCCUUGGGUGUGCCGCUGGACCCGAGGUACUACAGCGGACUGCUGCAUCAAGGCCUGCUCCACAGGGAGCUGCUCAGCAGGCUGGGCCACUUCGCAGCAGGAAUGAGGCACGAGGGCUCGCUGUCAGGCCAACACUGCUGCGCAGAGUGUGGACUCCAGCUGCACAGCAGACAGGCCGUGGAGCAGCACAGGAGGCUGCACAGCGAUGAGAAGGGCCACGGCUGUGAAUUCUGUGGUAAACACUUCCAGGACAGCAUGCGGCUGAGGAUGCACAUGUUGUCUCACACAGCUCCUGUGGAGGCGCUGGUGUGCGAUCAGUGCGGAGCCACGUUCUCCUCAGAGGAUGCUCUGGAAGCCCACCGGCAGACGCACACAGGGACUGAUAUGGCGGUGUUCUGUCUGCUGUGUGCAAAGCGCUUCCAGACCCAGAAGGCCCUGCAGCAGCACAUGGAGGUCCAUGCAGGCAUGCACAGCUACAUCUGUAGCCACUGUGAGCGCCCCUUCCCCAGCCACACCACACUCAAAAGACACUUGCGCUCUCACACGGGCGAUCACCCCUUUGAGUGUGAAUUCUGCGGGAGCUGCUUCAGAGACGACGGCACGCUGAGGGGCCAUAAACGAAUCCACACAGGAGAGAAGCCUUACGAGUGCAACGGCUGCGGGAAGAGGUUCAGUCUCAAACACCAGCUCGAGACGCACUACCGUGUACACACAGGUGAGAAGCCAUUCGAGUGCAAGCUGUGUCACCAGCGGUCGAGAGACUACUCUGCGAUGAUCAAGCACCUCCGCACUCACAACGGCGCGUCUCCAUACCAGUGCACCAUCUGCCAGAACUUCUGUCCCAGUCUAGCUGCCAUGCAGAAACACAUGAAGGGCCACAAACCGGAGGAUGUGCCGGCAGACUGGCGGAUAGAAAAGACUUACCUGUAUGUGUGUUACGUCUGAGCAGGACUUGGACGAGAUGCACCCAAAUGCACACGCCUGCUGCUGGGUGAAAAUCUGCAGCUUCGGCGGGUUCUAUAGGGUUCCUCACCGGCCGCUUCGUUUAAUAGGUAUAGCUAAGCACGCUUGUUGUUGCUGAGAAAUGUGUGGUAACAGAUCAGUAUGUAAAAA